AAGCCAGAAAAGGAUGAAUGGGAGAACAGUUUGGUGGCCUUUGAGAGCGCCUUGCGGCUGGAGAGCAUCCUGAACCAAGCUCUCCUGGAUUUGCACCAUCUCGCUCUGCAGAAAGGGGAUCCGCACAUGUGCGACUUCCUAAAGUCCUUCUUGGAGGACCAGGUGGCAGCUGUCAAGGAGCUAGGGAGCUACAUUUCCAACCUGCGGCGCCUGGAAGUGCCCCACAACGGCCUGGGGGAGCACCUCUUCGAUCAGCACUCCUUCACAGAGAGUGCCUGAGCUCAAUGACUGCUGGCUAUU